AACAUAUAAAACAAAACAUGUUAAACAGUGCAGAUAACGAAAUCUAACGUUUGGCAUACACCUGUCAACAUUGUGCAAAAUUUUCUACUUGGAGGUGUGUGAAAAAGUGAGCCCAACAAUACAUCCGCCGAUCCCUCUAUCUCAGUAUAAGGGUGCGGCAAUAAUUUUCCCACAAGCAAAGGAAAAGCUUUCGCCGGAAAAACAAGACACACAUCCUCUCGUUUCGCGAACGUGGAAAUGUGAUGAUUGAUUGAAUCCGCCCGGGUUGCUUUGAUAUGGUUCGCGAUGAGGUGGUGGCAUAAACACGCCUAAAAGGAUUACGCCCCUGUGUGCAUGUGUGUGCGUGUUUCUUGUGUCUUUCGGUGUUGAGUGUUUUUUUUGCUAUUAUUAUUAUUAUUAUUUUUGCUCGUCCUACAUCUCUCGUUGACUGCGCCAAAAAAGGAAACGCUUUCCCCCCCCGGGGGCGGUGAAUGCGCGCAUCCGGAAAGUGCAGCGCGCGAGGUCCGAGAAGAAAGUGGAAUCUGGGUUACUACGAUCAUUUACGCCACCUUUGGCAGGUUAGAGCGAUAGGAAAGGGUAUUAUUACAACACAUAGGAAUGGGCAUGGGUUGGGGAAUGCAUCUGCUGGUGGAAAUACCUGGCCGGGAAAUGAAGGGAAAGAAGCAAGUAAAUCUGGUACCCACAAGAAGGGUGCGGACCGCAAAAAGUGUCACGCGAAGAAACGAAGAAAACAUACCGUGUGCACGGUAGUAGUGUAUGUGAAGGAUGCGAGCUCCAGGAGUCUUUACGCACCUGUACGUGAGAGAGUGGUUAGGUGUUGUGCUUCUCUCUGAUGCCGCUAAAUCGUGUGCUUGUGUGUGUGUGUAUAUGUGGCGGCUGUGUGCGUAUGUUCGCUUGUGCGUCGCGUAUCCUUUUUCCAAGGAGAUAAAUUCAAUUUGUUCUUCCUCGCAGGAGAUGAAUCGAAAAAGCGAGAAAGAGAAUAAAACAGAAAUAGCGAGAGGCGAGAUGAGAUUGAAUGUGAGUUGUGAGAAAGGGAAAUUCAUCUCGUAGGAUAAUCAUUUUCACGAGCUGAAGAUGAUAAUUAUCCUCACCCGAAUGCAGCAACGAUAUCGCGUUGUGGGUUGGAGAAAUUGUUCACCAAAAAAAAAAAAAAAACAAACUCUUAAAUUUGUCACAAACACGCAUCGCUCACUACGCACGUUGUUGCCGCACGUAUCCGGUUGUUGAUAGGGAAAGGAGAGGCAAGCAAAAAGUAGUGUCGAAGGGUGGGUGGGUUUGUAUAUUCACGCCGCGUGUUUCACGCCGCAAGGCACACAAAUUGUUUAUUGUGCGUCUCGACUAGCGUGCUUCACCAAAAUGAUUAGCGAACGUUUCUUCUUUCUUUAAACAAACAAACGCAACGUAAACACAUGUUGUUUGUCAUAGUUUGUUUAAACUUUUAGUUUGCUGCUAUAGUAAAUAAUCUUUUUUAGGUGAGUGUUCUAAAACAUGAUGAAAAUGAAAUUCACGCAAUUAUGGUUUUGUUUGCGGAUUUUGAAAGCUGGAUUUUAAAAAUUCUAAGCACAGUUUGUCCCCGAAAUGCAGUAAAACGUCGAUUAUCCGGGGGCGGAUUAACCGUGUGCCGAAAAUUGACAGCUGUUGUUUAAUCGUGGUGAACAUUUGUACUGAUGUCAGGUUGGUUAAAAUUAUUAAUAUCGUCACCAAACGAUAUAUUUGAAAUGAUUUUAUUUUACGUUCUAAAUUUUAAUUGUUAUUUGAUAAUAAUUUACUUGAUCCAGAAUCAUUAUUAGCAUCAAAAGGACCACCAUAGUGUAGUAUGUAGAUACUAUAUACGCUUUAUCUAGAUAUAUAAAUGUCCUAAGGGACUAUUAUCCGUGGAAAUCGAUUAACCAGCAUCAGUGCGGUCCCGAGCACCCCGGAUAAUCGACUUUCUACUGUACACUAAAAUAUCAUACCGCGGAACCAACAUAUCGAAUCCUGAAUCAGUAUGGUUUAUACAUAGAAGUUACAGUGUCAACUUCAUUCAUAACUCGUUCGUAAUACAUUCACUUUUUAAGUGAUAUUUUAAAAGAAAACAUUAAUAAUAAGCAAAAUUAAAGCAAUUAAAUUAAAAUCGUAUGCUAAUGAGUUGUUAAAAUUCAUGGACAGCAAGGACAGCUACUUAAACGCAGGAAACAUAAGAGCAAAUAUUAAAAUGUAUCAUAUAAACGCAUACCUGUCAAUCAAACCUUGUGAACCUUUUAUCCUUGUUGUUCGAUUAUCCGGCCACCAUUGAGUCCCAACAUGCCCGAAUAAUCGGCGCUCCACUGUACUAACAGAGCUGUUAAAUUUCUAAACCGUUUCCUCCUUCAAGGUGCAAUGUUUUUUUUUUAUUUUGUAAACAUUCUCCCCAAAGCAACAUUUGCACGCGAUUGCAUUGAAACUUAAACUAUCAACAUUUUUGAUAAAAAGGUUAGCUAGCACUAGGUAAUAUGGUUCCGGCAUGAACCCUAAUAACCGCACCUGAUCAUGCCAAGUUUCCCAUCUAAACGUGUCAUCAUUAGUUAGAAAUCGUCACAAAUCAGGUACGACCCGGAGCGGUUGUCGAUUUCUACGGGUUUUUUUUUGUUGUGGCCACGAAGCUCCGUGGCCAUGACUGAAACCGCGAAUAAUAACGAAUAAUGACGACGAAACCCCGGGCAAGCUUAGCUUCGCUGUUGUGCCACACAGUCAUCAAACCGGUUCGUUGCGCUUUGUCUGGCACACUUUUGCAUCGAGCCGUGUGCGAGCUGAUUGCGCUUUCUCCUUGCGUCCGGCGUGGCUUACAUACAGAACACCACAGAUCCGUAAAUAUGGGACAAUUUCAAAGCGUGCGAUUUACCCGAUUUGAUUCUUUUGGGAGCAAAUAUGUACUGUAUUUUAUUGUGUGUGUAAAAAAAAAACUAUUUGUAUGUCUGUGUCUGUGUUUGGUAAUAACUCGAAAAUAAAUUAAUUUUUUUUUUGCUCUCAAUGACUCUCCUUCCCCUGUAUCUGCAUCCUGUUGUGGUUCAAUAGCAAAGUUAGUGCAGCGAGAUUUUCGACGACGAGGGAGCAAUUGAAUGAUUUCAAUUUGUAGCAUGUGGGAUAGCAAACAAAUGUCAACAAAGCGCCAAAUAUAGAAGAAACCGGUCAGAUUGAAGAAGAUCGAAUAUCAUCAAGCACCCUUCAACCACCCCGUAAAGCAAACCCUCGCCGCACAGGAAAAAGGGCAACGGAAUUCAACUCCCGGUAACAAAACGAGCUACUGUUGAUAACGACGAUGAUAAUGAUAAUGGUGGACGCGCUCGUUUGAAACCACCUCAUUUCCCUUCCAAGACGUCGUUUGCCGCCCAUUUUGCGACAUAUAAAUCGCGCCUUCAUCCACGCAAGCGAACGGAAGCAGCAUUAUUUGUUCGCGUCUCUACGCCGCACGUAUUGAGUUCGCGACAAUCAAAGCAACAGCGAGAGGCAGCACCGGAAUAUGCCGGUCCGCGAUGAGGAUUGUGUGCGAUCGAAAGAAGAAGGGAAGCAAUAUAACAAAUAACCGGAACGACCUCGAAACAAGUAAUUGGAUAUCCUUUGUGUCGUGUGCUGCGGACGCGCGUAACAACGUGACUUUUAGUACCCGGCGACCCUUCCAAACACACGUUGACGAUACCUCCUCGGAGCAGUUGGAGUAAAGUGAUAAGAGGUGACGCAAGGAAAAAAAAUCUAAACAACUCGUGUGUGUCUCGGUUUUCGAUUGAUUCGGUUGAUCAUCUUGCCGUAUCGGUCGAAGAAGAUUCCCAGUGGACAGGCAGCAAUAGACGAGUGAUAGACGACGGUGUCCAAUACUUUAAACUGGCGUGGUUGAAACACAGCAAACGACUAUAAUCACCAUCAAUGCAUAGUGAGGAUGAUCUAAUUGCUCGAGCACACAACCAGCAAACGACACAGCAAAUCACGACCAUUACGAAGGUCGUCCGCGAGGUGAAGCAGUUGGGACCGGAUGCUGGACAACCGUUCGACUAUGUAGCAAUGCCUCUAGACAUGGGAACCGACGGACAACCAAUCGACUACGUGUCGAUGCCGAUGGGUAUGUACACGACCCGGACGCAGUACUUGAACUUCAACCAUAUGGACCAGCCGGAACAGAUGGUGGGCGGUCCGCCUCAAUCGCAUCUGCCGCCGGGCGCGAAAGUAAUGGGCGGAGGCGGUGGAUCAGGCGUACCCGUGUCAAUGGGAGGCGGUGGUGGUGUUGGUGGCGGCCAGGGACACUAUCAGGAUUAUGAGCAUUACGGGCAGUACACGGACGCUGGGUACGAUCUCGGACAGGCGGCACACCAUCCGGCGCACGCACAGUCAUAUCUCGGCGAGUAUCAGAUGAACGAUCGCUCGAACACACCGCACACAUCGAGCGAGAACAGUGAAUCCUCCAUUCCCAUGCCGAUGAGCGUACCGCAGAUGGGCAAUCCAUCGGCGAACCUGAUGGGUGGCCCCGGUGGCUAUCUGCAGGGACAGUACGACGAGAUGGGUGAAUACGUGAUCGCACCCUCGCAGGGCGGACCGGUCGAUCGGCUCUAUCCCGACAAUCCGUCGGCGAUGGUAUACGGGUACGUGUCGACACCGCCGUACGGUACGAUCAGUUCCCACAUGGAUCCUAACGGUGGUGUCGAGCCGACGUACGCGACGAAGCAGCAGCUCGCGUAUGAAGCCGCCAGCGCGCAGCAACGGGCCGGCGGCGGUGUGGUAGGAAACGUAGCCCCGGAUGGUUCGUGUUACUACGACGGGGAUGACGAUCUGCACCAGCAGCUAUCGAACCUGCAGAUACAUAAUCACGUGUUUUUACAGCACAUAAUCACCUCGCCGGGUGGGAACAAUCGGCCAGGUGUGAGCGGUACCGCCAACGGUGGUGGUGGCGGCGGUGUGCCGGACGGUAGUGGUGGGGUGGUAGAUAUGGACGAGCAGCGUCAGAUGAAGUGGCGCGAUCCCAAUCUCACCGAGGUGAUCGGUUUCCUCAGCCAUCCGAACAACGCAAUCAAGGCGAAUGCGGCCGCCUAUCUGCAGCAUCUGUGCUAUAUGGACGACCCGAACAAGCAGCGGACACGUACGCUUGGCGGUAUCCCGCCGCUGGUGAAGCUGCUCGGGCACGAAAGUCCCGACGUCUUUCGGAAUGCGUGCGGCGCCCUGCGGAAUCUAUCGUACGGGCGGCAAAACGACGAAAACAAACGUGCAAUUAAUGCGGCUGGCGGUAUCCAGGCGCUGAUACAUCUGCUGCGCCGGACGGCCGAGUCCGACAUCAAGGAGCUGGUGACGGGUAUCAUCUGGAACAUGUCGUCCUGUGAGGACCUGAAGCGCUUCAUCAUCGAUGAUGCCGUCGUGGUGAUCGUAUCGUACAUUAUAAUUCCUCAUUCGGGCUGGGACCCUACCAAUCCGGGCGAAACGUGCUGGAGCACGGUGUUCCGCAACGCGUCCGGCAUCCUGCGGAACGUCAGCUCGGCUGGCGAGUACGCACGGAAGAAGUUGCGCGAGUGCGAAGGUUUGGUCGAUUCGCUGCUGUACGUAAUAAGGAUAGCGAUCGAGAAAUCGAACAUCGGCAACAAGAUCGUGGAGAACUGUGUGUGCAUACUGCGCAACCUUUCGUACCGGUGCCAGGAGGUGGAAGAUCCAAACUAUGACAAAAAUCCAAUCCCACACCAUGGUUCCGAUGGUGGUGUCAGUGGUGGAUCGCACAGUGGUAGCGGUGGUGGUGCGAUCGUAGUGAGCGCCGCCUCUUCCAAGGGUGAAAAUUUGGGCUGCUUCGGGGCGAGUAAAAAGAAAAAGGAACAGCAGGCAGCAGCUGCCGCUGCCCAGCAGCUGGCUGCCGCCGAUAAGGACCACUCGAGUGCCAACGGUGAUCCGGCACGAAUGGCGUACAAAAACACUGCUCACUACAAAGGAGCCGAACAGCUGUGGCAACCAGACGUUGUACAUUCUUAUCUUGCCUUACUGCAGAGCUGUUCGAAUCCGGAAACGCUUGAGGCGGCGGCCGGUGCGCUGCAGAAUCUGGCCGCCUGUUACUGGCAGCCGAGCAUAGAGAUCCGGGCGACCGUGCGCAAGGAGAAGGGUUUGCCAAUCCUGGUCGAGCUGCUGCGCAUGGAGGUGGACCGGGUGGUGUGCGCGGUAGCGACGGCCCUACGCAACCUAGCAAUCGACCAAAGAAACAAGGAGCUGAUCGGGAAGUACGCAAUGCGCGAUCUGGUGCAGAAGCUUCCAUCGGGGAAUCCGCAAUGCGACCAAGGCACGUCCGACGACACGAUAGCGGCCGUGCUGGCCACGCUGAACGAGGUGAUCAAGAAGAAUGCGGAGUUUGCGCGAUCGCUGCUGGAUGCGGGCGGUGUCGAGCGGCUGAUGAAUAUGUCGCGGCAAAAGUCGAAAUAUACGCCGCGCGUACUAAAGUUUGCCAGCCAGCUGCUGUUCACGAUGUGGCAGCAUCAGGAUCUGCGCGACGUUUACAAAAAGCACGGCUGGAAGGAGCAGGACUUUGUGACGAAAACGAUAGCGUCGCGAAAUCUCAACAGCAGCAAUGGUGGCGCUGGUGGCAGUUACAGCGACAACUCGCCUAACUCCCCGAACAACACCCUCAACCGUCCGAUGGCAUCGCAGAGCGGUACCAGGUACGAGGAUCGCACCAUGAAACGCCAGCAGGGUUCCUCGUCGGCGAACAAUGGUGGCCAGGCCAUGUCUUUACCUCCGGGCGAUGGCACCAUCAAAAUGGGAAGAUGAAUGAACGUGCUAUCUGCCACCGAGUACUGAUAGCUCUAAUUGUGAAGAUAUCGCAUUUAAGAAGACGCAUGCCACCAACCGUAAUCUCCACCGUCAGAUUACGGUUUAGAAUCGAAAGCAGGAAAGACAUAUUAAUGUGCACACACACACACAAAGGUGACGAUUGUUGAUGCCACCCAAAAAGGAGUUCCGUAGUAGCAGUAGCAGCAGCAGCAGCGCGUGUGAAUAUAGCCGCAACUUCACCAAGCAUCUCUGCCGGCUAAUAAUGAAGCGGAGACACGUGGAGAUGGAUAGUAGAAGUAUUGUUUUCGUUCAUUGCACUGGCUUCCAAAAUUCUCUUUCUCUCUCUCUUUCUCUCUCUCUCUCUUGACAAACACACGCGCACACAACCAGUAAGCGACAACACACUCCUGUUCCAAUAUUCUUCUUCAUUAUUAACCUCAAAGUAUAGCUGACAUCCAUUUGUCACACCACUAGUAGGUAGCCUAUAGACAGUCAUAGAAGACGAUAAUAGUGUACAGGAAAAAAAACGAAAUGCGGAUAAUAUUUGUAGUUGUUGCUCUUCCCCCGGAUUGGUUUCUGCAAUAUUCGUUUUAGUGUGACAAGCAGCAGUAUGGGAUGUUACUGUUACACUUGGUGUGGGACACAUGGAAUUGUGGAAUAGAAUCGUGAUCGCGUUUGUGCGAUCACACGGAAUCACCUAGCCGUGUUUUUAAUGGUGCUCAUUUGGGUUGUUGGAAAAAAAAAUUAAAUUAUUAUUUUUUUCUCAUACCUUCAAACUAAAAGGUAAUUGCAAAAAACAAAUCUUAAACUAUCCCGUAAAGAAAAUAAUUUGCUAAACUGUCCAUUUAAAACACACUCUAGCAAAUUGCUGGGUAAAUCACAUUGCACAUGCUCCUUUCUUCUUCAGCGGGAAUAUAUUCGAGAGGAAUAAAUGCCAAUGCAAUUACUUAGCUGUGCACCCACCUCCACGUCGUCCUGUUUACUGAUGAAUUUUCAUUUUGAUUCAAUCGCAUAAAAAUCUAUGUAUAUACUGUCGGCGAAAUGGUGUGAAAAACCAUACUACCAACAGUAUAUUUCCGUUAUUGUUCUAGUGUGACGUUGAUACACACUAAAGACAAGGUUUUACCACCAAUUGUUUUGUACCGUGAAAUUCCAUCCGAUAAAAACCGAGAUUCAUCAAUCCACCUCCAUUGGUCUCAUACUCUAUAUUUUUGUUCUUAACAUCGAUUGUCUUAUCGCAAAUAAAGCGUAGCAAAUGAAAUGAAACACCGACAAAUCUUUUACACGGAUGUGAAGCAAAUUGAUUAUUAAAGAAUUCUACAAAAACUACAAAACAUAUAGUGCAGGUAAUAAGCUAAGUUUACCGCCCAUUAACAUUACCAUUAUCUUACCUACUACCCCCUUGUGCAAAUGCGAACAGGAGAGCAUUCAACAAAACCCAACUGUUGAGUGCUUUGUGCGCUCGCGAAGAACUGAACAUUGGUGUCAUUGUGCAACCUCAAACUAUGUUUAAAAAACAUUCCUCAGUAGAAGCAGCGAAACGGAAGCGAACGAUCGCGUACGAUUAGUGUCGAUUUUUUGGAUCUCUAACGCAUUACGGCGUGUGCCUGUCUCGCGGGCAUAAAUGAGUACGGGUCGGGGAGGACACACACACACAGUAUAGUAGGUGCAGCAUAGUGCGAGGAAUGGAAUGACUAAAAGAAAAGGGGACGAGCAAAUCGGAUAAAAGCAUGACGCAUCAUUCUAUCAGGCACUUGGAACAUUAAAAUAAUCAUUCAAGUCAUUUAACGAAACGUACAUCUCUUAGCGGCAAACACAAGGAUCAAUGUAACUCACGUAAAGCGAAGACAUAUUUAUCAUCAUUACUGCAUACGUAUAAAUUGAACCCAUUUUCCGUAGUCCACCGUUGUGCACGGUUUUUUUUGCACGGGGUAAUUAAGCAAAGAGAAUUGCUAAUAACAACAAAACACACGCGGUGGUUUGGCGGGGAAAUGCACGCAUUCCAAACUGAAAAUAGAACGCAACAUAAACACACACUAUUUAUUAUAGGCAUAUUUGCACUUCGACAGUAUAAAACCCGAAACCCAAAAACACGCCGAAUCCCCCGAAGAAGCAUUAAACAAAAUUAUUCCCUUUUUCUUUCCGUCGUAUUGUCUCUGUAUAUGUACAGCUCCGUUCUCCGGGGAUACUGAGCUCCGAAAGCUCGUAGUUGUUUGAGAGCACUUACAACCUGGGGUGGCAUGUAUAUGGGUGUAUGACUUGUGUAUGACACCAUAUAUAUAUAUAAAACGAACACCGUAAUGCAUCCAUUUCAAUCCAUUUUACUUCCUCGCUCUCGAAAUUAGUACGAUGUAACGAUUGAUGAGAUGGCACAGGAGGAAACAAAAACACUAUACUAGCUCAAAAGUAAAUAUAUAUACACACACACAUAUAUUGCGACAGCAAGUAAUGGAAUAUUUGGCAAUGUACUAAAUACUGUCGUGUAAAAGGGGGAAAACAAAGGUAUAGGAUAAACGAAGAAAAAAAACUCUAGUAGCUCAUAUACAAAAUUCAACCAUAGGACAUAACAAGGCACCUGAUGUCGCGUCUCCUACACUUGACUGUUAGCGAAAAAAAAAAAAUCACGAUCAUUGAUACUGAAAAGGCACAUAAUCACACCCCCCUCACUAUUAUUGGUUUAUAGUGCUUUUAAUUUGGUACAUUUUAUAGAUAACCAUUUGCAACAACAAAAAAAAAAACGCUCGCGCGCCUCGGUGCUUAAAAUCGUACAUUCUCCCCUCACUCGCUCACACACACUCCGAAUCACAUAACAUCGUACAGCAAAGCAAGUAGAGAAAGUGGAAGAGUUAAAGUAAAAGUAAGCAAACACACGAAAAACGAAAAAAAAAAAACAAACAACAAAACAGGAUAAUCUUGCAAAUGCAAAUGGAAAUGAAAUUUCUUCGAACGAUUUCUUCGCUCCUUCACAAUUGAAUCGAAUCUGAAUGUAGAAUAUUGAUAUAAAAUUACCAAACUCAUACAAGAAACGAAAAAAACAAAACGGCAGAAGUAGCGCGAGGACAGGCAUGUGUUAAAAGUGUGCAGAGAGAAAUGGGAUCUGCAUGAAAUUGAUGAACAAACUCCAAUACAUAAGGUAACAAGAAUCGGGGGAACUCUUAGCUCAUGCAUGAAACCAAUACCCACGCUGUGAAACAAAAUAUUGACUAGGAAUACAUAAACUACAUUAUAUCUGCAAAAAAACAUGGGAAGCGUAACAAGCUGAAAAGUGAAAACAAGAAAACAAAAGCAUAACCAUACAAAAACACACAGACAAAAAAAACGGUAGAAAAAAUGUUAGAUUAGGAGUAAUUAUACAAAUAACACAAAACCAGAAUGCAGGAACCUACGGUAAAGCGAAAGCAGAACAUAAGAAAGAGGAUAAGCUAAUGGGACAACAAGGAAAAACAAAACACGGGCAAAGCGGCUUGUUUCCCCUUAGGUGGGAAACACCGUCAGUUAUUCGUGCUCAGCGCUCAAAACCUGUGCAUAGCAUCAACAUCUCACAGAAUCCUUUUUGGGAGAGAAGCUCCCGGGGAAGUCGCGAAAACAUACAUUUAAACAUUACACGAUUUUACGGUCAAUUUUAUCAUAUAAAAAUAUACACGACAAUGCAGCUAAUAACCCGCGCGCUCUAGCCUAGUCCGGAAACAGUGGGCCACGCAGUAGAGGCCGAUCAUACCGAUCAAUCCCUCAAGAAAAUGGGGGUGGGAGGAUUAUUAUAACGUGCGUUGAGAAUGAGCUGAGUAAGGAAUCGGGUAAUGGAGCGCAAAAGAUCGGAUCGGAUUGGAAUAUGAUGCCAUACAAAACGAGGUAAGGAAGUGAAGAAACGUCGCAAUGUCUAAAUGUGGUUGGCAGAUAAUUUAGUCGGAUUAUUACUUCCGUUUCAAGAAUUCCAUUUUUUUAGUUUCACAAAAUCAUGCAUCUUACAAUAUUGGGAGUUAAUUUAUACCUUUUUUUAAUGCUGCCGUCGUAAGUGGUUUUCUUUUCUACGAAGAACAACAUACUAAAGCAAAUGAGAAAGGGAUUACACGUAAAACAUAAAUACGGUGAUUGAAAGAAGUGAAAAAAAACACAGAAAAUGGAAGAAAAGAAAUAGUAAACAAAAUAGACGAAUAUAAAAAGACAGAAGAAACGAACCGUGGACAGUAGGAGCGGAGGAGAAGCGUAAUGAAAAGAGAGUGAGGGGUUUUAUACGACUUAAUCCCCAAUUAGUAAUCUAAUGAAAAACAAGUUAAACGAUAGCACAUGACAGGGUAAUGACAGCGGAUUGACGCAUAACCGAUAGCCAGCGGUGUGCGUGUGUCUGUUUGUGUGUGUGUGUAACAACACAUGUGUAGCUGAAUUAUUGCAAUUCCAUCUAAUAUACUUAAUUAUUAUCUCAACCGUAAA